AUGGCAAACAUGGACGAGGACCAACUUUUGGAUUACGAAGAGGAGCAAGAAGAGGCAACCGAUACGACCAAAGCCGAAAAUGGAACGGCAGCCGAGAAGAAAAUCAAGGGCACGUACGCUUCGAUACACAGCAGUGGUUUCCGUGACUUCCUGUUGAAACCGGAGCUUCUUCGCGCGAUUGUUGAUUGCGGUUUUGAGCAUCCAUCAGAAGUUCAACACGAAUGUAUCCCGCAAGCAAUCCUUGGUAUGGAUAUAGUGUGCCAGGCCAAAUCAGGUAUGGGUAAAACGGCUGUGUUCGUGCUUGCAACCUUACAACAGCUUGAGCCGGUCGAUGGCGAGGUGUCAGUCUUGGUGAUGUGUCACACACGUGAAUUGGCAUUCCAGAUCUCGAAAGAAUACGAACGUUUCAGUAAAUAUUAUCCAGGCAUUAAAAUAGGUGUAUUCUUUGGUGGAAUGCCGAUCAAGAAGGAUGAGGAGUUGUUGAAGAACAACACGCCACACAUUGUGGUCGAUAUGCGACGUGACGUUCAAGAAAUAGUGAAGAUGACACCCCAAGAAAAGCAAGUGAUGAUGUUCAGCGCUACACUUCCAAAGGAUCUGCGUGCCGUUUGCAAGAAGUUCAUGCAAGAUGUAAGAUUUUCAAACAACUCAACACACCACAUACAAUCUCAAUCAAUCAUCACUGCCGUCGUCAUCACUGCUGCGAUCAUAUCGUAUCACUAUCAGUAUUACUACUGCUACUAUGCUACUGCUAUUUAUGCUGCGCACUGUAUUAUUAUCACUUCAUAUUGUCGUCGUCGGCAUACCGUUCCAGUCACCUGA